GAUCCUUUCUGGGCACCAGUUGAAGAUCUCGACCUCCCGGGAGCUCCCGGAAUCAUUUUACCCCCGUCGCGUCUUAGAUUACAACCGGGAACGCACCUUCAAAGCAUCGAUAGAAACUUUCAUCUAACAUCGCCUCAAAUCAAACUUCUCUGCAGCAAUCCGGCUCGAUACCAGCUGCAGAUUGCAUGUGUCCUACAUGAUGACCCUGUACCAACCCGGCUGCACUGGCCUUUCUUAGCAAAUGUGAAAGUUAAUGGCAGGCCACACGCAGUAAUGGUAAUUUCGACUCGUUUUCUCCUUGCGUCGCUCCCCUCCUCGGAAGACUGCUCUGACAACUUAUUUUUUGUCUUGUCCUUAUUACUCGCAUCGACAGCCAGGUCCCUCAAUGGGCAAAGCAGGGCGGGAUCCAUCGGUUUGUGUGGAUCCAGGGUGCCUUAUUGAAGGCACAAAUACUUUGAUCGUGCAGGGGCAAGACCGACGAAUUUUCUAUGUCAUCAUGCGUCUCGUGAAGCUAAGAUCUUUGGAAGAAGUUAGAAAUAUGGUCCCCGCGCCGGUUCCAUUUUCGUUGGCCAGAUUCCUACUUGAGCAAAAACUACGUGGAAGCGAUCAUCAAAACGAUCACGAUGACGAUAUUGUGAUCCAAGGUAAUUCGGUGCUCUCUCUUAGGUGCCCGAUUUCUGGGCAGAUGUGCAAAACACCUGCAAGGACACGAAACUGUAAAAGUCUGGCAAUCUUCGAUCUCGACACAUUUUUGGAGCUCAAUGCAAAGGUGCGCAAGUGGAUCUGUCCACAUUGUGGCUCCACUGGCCAACCUCACGAUAUUGUCAUCGAUGGAUAUCUUUCUCGCGUUAUCGGGGUACUGCGUGCCUGGGAGCAAUCGAUUCCAACCGUUUUUCCAAAAAUUGAUAGCAUUGAAGUUGGUCCGAAUGGCAACUGGCGUCCGUCAUCUGCCGAUGCGGUUUGUGGCGCUUUUGCUGAAACAUGGAUAUCCUCAGAUGCUUUGAGCGGUGUAGUUCUCGGACAUAGUGGUUCAAUACUGCACAUUCCCUUCGAGCUUACAAACAUCGUUGGGAAUCAAUGCCGCAUUGUUGAUCAUGCAGUGUUUUCUUCUGAUUCUACGCAUCUUGGGAAAGAAUCGAAAGAUAAGGCGUUGAAGGUUGGCCGUAUGGUUGACAGUGAUGAAGUUGUACAGCCGAGCUAUUUUGCAGUAGACCCCGGUUCACAUCUUGGCAUCUCUGAGCUCGCGGUCUCGUCAAAGAUGCACGACGUCAUCGUAAUAUCAGAUAGCGAUGAUGAUCGGGAUAAUGCUGACUAUGGUCCCACGUCGAAGUUGAAACAUUUCAUAGCUCCCGAGGGACAACAAUCGGAACAGGUUUUAAGCUCGCGACCGACGCUUAUGUUUCGAUUUAGGCGGCGUUAGUGA